CGUGGGUAUCCUUUCGCAGGAAGCUCGCCCGCCCCUUCGAUAUUGGACGUCACAUCCAAAUCUGCUCCGUUCGACGCAAGUGUCCACAAGAACUCAGGAGACUUUUUCACCAUGGCGGAUGUGAUCCCGGUCGACCCCGUGACCCCCGUGCCCACGGCGGCUCCUCUCGAGUGGCCUGAGAACAUGACCACCACCGAGGGUGUCAUCAUCGCUGCGCUUCCCUUCGCUGCGCUCAUCCUGUGCUACGUCAUGCUGCGCAUCGUGUGGCGCGUGCCUACUCCGUUGCCUGUGCGCGCGCCAGUGCCUUCGUACGGCACUUCGGGCGAGCAGUUGCAGCCUAUCACCGCCGUCAAGACGUCGCUGGUUGAGGAGGGAGAAGUGGCUGGAGACUACGAGGAGCACUGGUACAACACGUUCGACUUCGCCUUCCUGGUCGGCAUGGCCGUGUACGCUGGCGUGAUGCUCGUGUUGACGUUUUUCUACGAACCGCAGUGGCUGCACGAGACCAGAUUCUGGAUCAUGCAGUUGCCUAAGCUCGUGGUCAUGAUGGUCGUGUCGCUUCUGGGCGGUAUCAUCUGCCGCUGCUUCUGUGAUGUCGACGAGAAGGGCUACAUCAUGACCAACAAGUCGUCCAAGUUCAAGGUCAACUACACUCGUAAGCUGCAGCACUUUGCCGCCUACAUGGUGCCGCUGGUUAUUAAGUCUGAAUACUCUGGUCCGAUCGCUCUGGCCUGGGGUGACUUCUUCACUAUGCUGGGCUUCCUCGUGCUCAUCAAGCCCAUCCGUGAGCACUCCAAGUUCUUCAUGCUGCAGUUCAACUCUCUGGACCGCCCGGAAGAUCGUCCGAACACGCUCAAGUGGAUCAUCCUGGGCAACAUCGCUCCUGGUAUGUUCAUUCUGAUGUUCUUCAAGUGGCUAUUCGCUGCUCAAGGAGCUUUGACGUUCAUCCUCGUGUUCAUCACGGGCAUCGGCGACGGUCUGGCGGAGCCUGUGGGUAUCACGUGGGGUCGUCACAAGUACAAGACGCGCAGCUGCUUCUCGAAGAACAAGUACACUCGUAGCUGGGAGGGCAGUGCGUGUGUGUUCCUGUCUGGUCUGGUGUUCCCUGCUCUGCAGUACGCCGCGUUCGACAACUUCUGGCAGGUGCUGCUGUCGAUGCUGAUCCUGGCGCCGACAAUGGCGUACGCAGAGGCGACUGCUCCGCAUACGAUGGACACGCCUGUGCUGAUGACCGGCUGCGGUGUGAUCCUGUACGCCAUCGUCAACCUAGUCUAGGCGCUGCUAUCGCAAUAGAGGAGAGAGCCAUCACGCGCGACCCUUUUAAACCACUUAACCUGUUUGAACCAAGUGUUCUUCUGUGUACCAA